ACGAGUCCUCUCGCGCAGCCAAUCGCAACGGGCGCUGCCGAUCCGCCCGGGUUGUAUAUAAGGCAGGCGGCGGGGCGGGCUGGGCGUUCGUCGGGCUCUUCCGGUGUCGCUGCUGUCGCGGAGUCGCAGGAGCCAUGUCCGGGCGCGGGAAGCAGGGCGGGAAGGCGCGCGCCAAGGCCAAGUCGCGCUCGUCGCGGGCCGGGCUGCAGUUCCCCGUGGGCCGCGUGCACCGGCUGCUGCGCAAGGGCAACUACGCGGAGCGCGUGGGCGCCGGCGCGCCGGUGUACCUGGCGGCCGUGCUGGAGUACCUGACGGCCGAGAUCCUGGAGCUGGCGGGCAACGCGGCCCGCGACAACAAGAAGACGCGCAUCAUCCCCCGCCACCUGCAGCUCGCCAUCCGCAACGACGAGGAGCUCAACAAGCUGCUGGGCAAGGUGACGAUCGCGCAGGGCGGCGUGCUGCCCAACAUCCAGGCCGUGCUGCUGCCCAAGAAGACGGAGAGUCACAAAGCCAAGAGCAAGUAAAGCAGGCGGCGGGAGCGUCCGGAGUCCAGAAGCGAAACCCAAAGGCUCUUUUCAGAGCCACC